CAAAUGUCAGGGGGUUACGGACGCUCCGAGAGUCUCACAACAGAUCCAAUUUGAGCUCGUCGCCAGACACCAGGCAACGUGUCAAUGGUACGUUCCUCGAUUAGUGUUAGGAAAUGGGUGGCAACUCCCGGAAAGGGGUCCAGAGCACGCUGCCCCAGCAAGUGUCUCUGUUUGUGCCACCCUGGAUUUCCUCUGCUACUGCUUCCAGGUCCGUUGUGCAACAGGCCUUUUCGCGCUUGAGGGGACCCAUGCCCCACGCUGAGCUGCCGCACUUGUCUGGCGCCUGCAGUGCACAGUUUAACAAGAUAGAGGAAAGGAGCCCUCACGCUUUCGUGCUCUGGCUCGGUGGCGUUGAUGCUUGUCCUUGUAAAACAAUCAAGUGGCGCUGCGCAGCUGUUCUGAACCACGGGCUCUGACCCUGACGGGCGAGUGCCACAAUGGAGGCACCGCCCUCGGCAGAUGCGACCUACAAGGUGCAGAAGGAAGCCUUCGUUUCUGGUCUCUCGGGAGGCUCGGUCCUAUCAAUCAACACCGUCUCUCUCACUGCAGCUACGACAUACCUACUGUGGGCUGUUCUCAAAACUCGGGCACCGCGACGACGCAGCCGACGGCGAAGAUCGCCGGGCAAACACACAAACAUCAACAUUGGCAACAUCGCCAGCUGCACCAAUGACCCGCAGCAGCGCUCCCAAUCUACCCUGAAGGCAGAGGAUCCCAGAGAAGAAGUAGCUUGGCUUGCGGCUUUGAAAGGGCUGAUGGAUGAAGACAAUGUGCAAGGGCUUACCAGUCGACUAGUUCAGUUUAUUCUUCUUGUCUUGCCACUGCUGCUAGUCACCACCGUCCUGGCCCAAUAUGCGCUUUCCUUCAACAUACUCAUAGGAUCGACAUCCUUGUGGCUUCUAUACACAUUUCCAUCUCUUUUGGACCAAGAUAUAUGGUCCAGUUCACCAGACCAAGGCUCUGCCAAGGGAGAUGCAAAGAAAGACUGGCGAACGAAAUCGUUUGUUUCUUCCGACGAGGAGGAUGGUGAAAGGAUCAACGAACAGCUGCCCGAGGGGCGGGCCCGAGCGCCGGCUUCGUACUCGCAAAUGCGCCCCUCUCUGCAACUCCACCGUCCCUCUCCUCGCGCAGACCAGGGUCAUAUAAAGGGGCAGCGGCCGUACUAUCAGCCCGAGAGUUACCUCGGCGUCGGUGGCGGAGUGGGAGCCUCAAUGUUGCACAUGUCAGCUCCAGGUAGUGGACCUUCGCAAGCAGUGUCUCCUUCUUCUUCUAACGGAGCGUCACCCGCGUCACCCGCGACACCUUCCCCACUGUCCCCCAUUUCGCCAUUUCUUCCUUUCUUUCCAACUACGCCAACUUACGAAGGCGCCUAUGAUGGGUACGUCGUCCCGCACGGCACUCCUGGCCAGCAUCAGCAGCAGCUUCCAUUCCGCGUCAGCAUCGACUCAGCAGCAGACGCGGCGUACGCAGCGGCGCAUCCACCUAGCACAUAUCGAGGGCCUGACCAUGAUGGCGAUGGGGGCCACAGCCAUAGCCGCAGCACCAGCAGCAGCGCGCGGACAGUAGGAAGGGACAGGGGGAUGCUGCGCAAGCUGUUCAUCAGUGGCGGCAACAGUGUUGGUAGCACAGCCUUGGAAGGGAAACGCGGCAGCGGACGUAGCUCGUACGACUGGAGCCGUCGCGGCGACUCGAUCGACUCGCAAAGUGGAGGAGCGCGCGACAGAUUGUCGCUAUUAGGGGCUCGAUCGAGCCUGGACAGCGCUGCGUCCUCGUCCGAAUCACUCACGUAUGACGAUGUCAUUAAUGGUUUCAAAGCGAAUAGGAGCGUUGCAAGUGGCGAAGUGGCAGGCGGAUGCUUAGGGCCUGAUGCGCCACUCAGAGCAGCUUCCGCGGAAGAGGUAUGGUACAAGGCGGCCAAACGGAAAGAGUUCCUGACUAUCUACAGGGCGCACAUGAUGCUCAUGACUGUCAUCUGCAUUCUCGCUGUCGACUUUAAAGUGUUUCCGCGCGAGUUUGCCAAAUGUGAGAGCUGGGGGACAAGUCUUGUGAGUUGGCGAAUCAAGUGCUUGUAGAGUGGGAGACUUCAAAUGCUGAUGUCUAACGCCCAUCGCAGAUGGACCUCGGCGUAGG